CUCCUGGACGCCGAGGGAGAAGGUUACGUCAUCUGCGCUCUCGUGUUUCCUCUAGAUCUCGUAGUAGCGCCGAAGAGAGCGAGCGAGAAGGCCGCCGGCAUGUCGAUGCAGGGGAACAUCUUCGACACGGAUUCCUCGGAGGACCUGAGCUACUCGCAGUGGGUGAAGGGCGUGCGGAGGCGCUCCCGCAGGCUGUACGCCAUGAGGGCCGAAGAAAGGAGGUGGGAGAGGGAGGUAGAAAAGCAGGAGAAGGACAAGAGCAAGGAGAGGAGGGAAGAGGAAGAGGACAACGAGCGCCGGGGAGCCCUGGAGAGCCUGGGCGAGGAGAGGCCCCCGUCGAGAGAGGCAGGAGGGCGCGGCGGGGAGUGCGGGGCGGCGAGCGUGGUCGGCGAGGCCGUCCUCCUCGGCAGGAGCGAGCUGCCGCCGCCGGAGGAGCCGAUCGAGCUGGUCUGCGUCGUCGAGCACAGGGACCCUUCGGAGCGCGACGAUACGCCGGGCAAGGCUGAUAUGCAGAAUAAAUGUGUGAUCCACCUUCGCACACAUUUGAAAAACUGUGAACCCAGCGGUUUCGGCUGCGUGAAAGUCCGCGCCCUCAAGACUCUGCCCGCCAUGCUCGCCCUCAGCUGGUCGGAGGUGGCCGAGGGCGAGAUGGGCAUUUGGGCGAAGGAGGACCUCGGCAGCAGCUGCUUCUUCGGGCCGUACGAGGGCAAGAAGCCGCCCUACUCCACCAAGACGCGCAAGUGCUUCUGUUGCAAGACGGUGGAGAAGACCCGGCAUCAGUCCGUCCUCCCCGUGCACCCGUCCUUCCCGAAAUACAACUGGAUGCGUUUUGUCCGUGGCGUGACGUAUGACCGCGAUGCCAACCUCAAGCCUCAGGUUCAUCAAGGCCAGGUUUUCUACGCAGCCACGCGACUCAUCAAGAAGGGAGCGGAACUUGUAGUCAAUCUCAACCCAGGCCGUAACCAAUUCUACGAGGUCACAAAGAGGAGGUCAAUUACUUAAGUGACCGUCUUCCCAUAGGCCUAAGUGAUGCUUUAGACCUUAAAAGUUGAAAGGAACGUGGAAGUAGUUAGGCUUUUUGCAUUAUAAAAGGCUUUGCUUUUAUCAAUAUAAUUUUUACUCAUACUCAACAGUUUACGGAUUAUUAAAUAUUAUGUUCUGUUUGUGUACUGAUUCACAUACGUUUUGACAGCUCUGUUUGGUAAAGAGAUUUAUGAGCUUUGAUAUUCAGCUGUUAUUUUUUCGAGAAGAACAAUACUGUUUAUUCUAUUAUUUAUGUGUAUUACAUGUCAGAUGUCAAAGCAAUUUGACACUGUAAAGGAAACGAAUUAAAAUAUAUGUGAAUGUUUUUCAAAUGAACAAAAAGCAACGAG